AUGUUUCUCUUUACUUAAGGGUUUUUAGAAAUCAGUUCCGAUAUUCUGCUUCAGAAAUUCACCUUUAGUGGAGGAAAACCAUAACAUAAAUCAUACUUUGAGAACUAUGUUAAUUAAGCUGAUACUGAGACACUAAAGAAUAUGUUGAAAUUCAUAACAGGUUCAUCUUCUAUUCCAUUUGAUCGAAGUUCUUAUGUGAUUAGUGUCAAAUUUGAUUCAGGACUCUCUGAUCGAAAGUUGCCACUUAGUCACACUUGUUUCUAGUCCAUAGAAGCGCCUCUUUAUAAAAGCUUUGCUGAACUCAAAUAGAAAUUGAAAAUUGCAUUUACUAUUGGAUGUGAAGGAUACGGAUUUGGUUGA